AGAUGUGCAGGUUCUCUCAUCCAUUGUGUGGGACCUGUGGGUUAUUAUGUUGGAAGCAGAUAUUAGUAGAUUGCUGUAUCUCUCUUUUGUUUGUUGUUUUUCUGAUGAUUAUAUUUUGUUUCCCCUCAACAACCUUUAUGAAAUUUUUUGCACUUUGUUCUUAGAUAUUUAUCAUACCAGCAGCCUCUACUCUAUUAUUCAUAAGUUAACUUUAUCCUGAAUAUUUGAAUGCAAUUUGUUGAAACUAAUUUAGUGAAUAGAAUCUUGCUUGUAGACUUGGAAGAAACUCUGUUUUUUCCUUUGUUGAAUAUUUAAAUGCAAUUUGAUGACGCUGAUCCUUUUCCUUCUCCCACUUUCUUCGAGAUUCUGAAAAUGCAUUUGAACAUCCAAUGCAGUUCACGUUUUGAGGAAAAACAAAACCCUUAGGACCAAACUCAUCAAUUUUGAGUAUUUUCACUUCCAUGAAUAAGAGUGAUUGCAGGGACUGAGUUGGUUCGCUGGAUUUAGAUAUAAACCAUGCUCUUUGUAUGUUUGUUUGGUUUUUUAUUUUAUUUUAUUUUUUAUUUCUUUUUUUUCUUAUUGGCACAAUGUUCAUUAUAUGUUUAUUUCUAAGGCCAGAGGAUGCCUGGUAUAUGGUGUAACCUAUAUUUUAGCAGCUAUGAAUGUAAAUGCUUUCUUAUUAGUGUUUUAGCUUGUUCAGUAAUGUGACUAGUUGCUAAUCUAAUCUUUUGCUUUUGGAUAAGCUCUUAAAGUGUACUGAGACUGGCAGUUUUUGAAAUGUAGGUGGCAGAAUCUUGUUUCUUGUGCCUUUAAUAAAAUGAUUGCAUUAUUAUUAAGUUUUUGUCAUGUUCUUCUCUGUGCUAAAAGAAUUAGUUAUUUUGUGGUCAAGGUUUCCUCAUUUUCUUUCAUGUAGAUAAGUGAAUCACAUGACCAUACAAUCUACCCAAAUUUUGUGUCUCAUGUUAUGUGUAUAGAUUUGUUAAUAUCGAUACGAUGUUUUUAAUUUAUUGAUUUCUCAUUGUUGAUAAAAUUAUUGUUUAAAU